GUCCUCCCGACGGGGCGGGCCUGGCCGGGGGCGGGCCGGCGCGCUUGAGGCUGUGCCGCGGCGUGGGAAAGAGCCUCAGAGAGGGUUGGCUGUGCUGGCGGUGCGGUGCGUGCUGUGCCGUACGGGAGACCCCGUCCGGAUUUAUUUCUCUCUGCCCCACGCCGGCUGCGGGCUGAGCCACGAUGAAGCGACCUUGCGAGGAAACUACCUCAGACAGCGACAUGGACGAGACCAUCGAUGUGGGCAGCGAGAACAACUACUGCGGGCAAAGCCAUAGUUCUGUGCUUCGACCAAAUUCCCCAACCACAACAUCUCAGAUUAUGGCCAGAAAGAAAAGAAGAGGGAUUAUAGAGAAAAGGCGCCGGGAUCGUAUAAAUAACAGUUUAUCUGAGCUGAGGCGGCUGGUGCCAACUGCUUUUGAAAAACAAGGAUCUGCCAAAUUAGAAAAAGCGGAAAUACUGCAAAUGACAGUGGAUCAUCUGAAGAUGCUUCAAGCAACUGGAGGUAAAGGUUAUUUUGAUGCUCACUCACUGGCCAUGGAUUUCAUGAGCAUUGGCUUCCGGGAGUGCUUGACUGAAGUUGCAAGGUACCUGACAUCUGUGGAAGGCCUCGACACCUCUGACCCACUGCGUGUCAGACUGGUGUCCCAUCUCAGCACCUGCGCCUCUCAGCGGGAAGCGGCUGCCAUGACCUCCUCCAUGGCCCACCACCACCACCCGCUGCACCCACACCACUGGGCAGCCGCUUUCCACCAUCUCCCGGCUGCCCUGCUGCAGCCCAAUGGACUCCACACCCCCGAGGCCGCCCCAUGCAGACUCUCCUCAGAAGUGCCUCCCCACGGCUCUGCACUGCUCACCGCUACCUUCGCCCACACCGAUGCUGCCCUCAGGGUCCCCGCAGCGGGCAGUGUUGCUCCCUGCGUCCCCCCACUCUCUACCUCUCUCCUCUCCCUCUCGGCCACCGUUCAUGCCGCAGCCGCUGCUGCCACAGCAGCUGCCCAGAGCUUUCCCCUCUCCUUCACCAGCACCUUCCCCAUGCUCCCUCCAAGCGCAGCUGCUGCUGCAGUGGCGGCAGCUACAGCCAUCACCCCGCCGUUGGCCGUGUCAGCCUCAUCCAACCCCCAGCAGGCUGGCAAUGGGGCUAGCGGCAAGCCCUACCGACCUUGGGGGACCGAGGUUGGAGCCUUCUAAGUGCCCUCUCUUCUUCCCUACCCAGUUCCCUCUUCUCCCUCCAUGCGCUCACACACAUACACACACUCAUGCACACACAUGCACACACACACACGGCUCCUGUGACGUCGCUGAGGGCCAAGGGCCACUGUCACACAGGGCCUGGCAGCCAGCCCCUCACUACAGGCACUGGAAGGGAUACGGGCAGCCUGCUCCUCUUGGCAGUUGCGCUGAGGGCACCUUGGGGCAGUGGCUUUCAGAAGCAUCACCACUGCGUUGGCAUGUGGAUGUUCCCCAGGAGAUCCAUAGGCACUAGUGUUAACAGUUCUCUGGCUGUACAUGCACAGUUGUGGGAGAGGCAAGGGAUCACCCCCAUCAGGUCUCCUGGGGCUCAAAAAAGAAUUUGAUUUUCCUAAGUGCCUGACAUCUAAACGAUAAUAAUAAUAAUAAUAAUAAUAAAAAGAAAUAAAACUUAUAUAUACGUGUGUUCUGCUAAAACCAAUAACAUUGCACAGGUAUGGGAGUGAUCUGGGAGAGAUAGGCAGUCCUGCAUGCAGCUUCAGGACAGCAAUAUUCUUCCAGGAGAGUGUGCUCUUUAAGCAGACAGGUCCAUUUAGCCAAAAGGCUGCUGAGAAACAACGUCCAAUUUGACAGGCCUGGAACUCGCUUACUUAGUCUCCUUCCUUUGUACAGACUUGCCAAAUUGUGACAUCUAGCACAGCCCUGGUAAAAGCGAUUAUCUUAUCAGUGCUUGGAUUAAUGAACGUUUCAGCAGUGCCUGUGAACCUUGAGGCACCUUUUUUUUUAUGGCUUAACUAUGGUGCUAGCUUGUAUCUGCACAAACAGUAGGUUGUCAUGCACCCAGAAGGAACCACCUGCUGACAGCACGCACGCUUCCGUGGGGUUGGCUCAUGCCAAUACAAGAGACCUGUUGUUGUGAGAGUUCUAUUUAACUUAUUUAGCUGCAUUCGGACGUUUACUUUUAGCCAACUCUGUGCAAAAUCCCUCUUCUUUUCGCUAUCAACUUCUGGGAUAACAAUCGCUCUGGGUAUGAAUGAAGUGAUGGUAGGGACAAUUUUAAAUUGGCUGUUAGCAUGCCAACAAUGUAAUGUGGGUUUGAUUCCAAACCAAAAUGAAUGUAUUAAAGGGGAUGGCAGUAAGUUAUUUUGUCAAUACCCAGACUACUAGUGCUGCAUAAAAUGUUUGGCUUUCCUUUUUUAUUACGGUGACUUAAAAAUAACCUAAGUAUUUUAAUACAUCAAGUCAAAAACUAGAGAUUUUAUGUUAAAAAAAAAGAAAAAGAAAAAAAAAACACAGCAUGUAUUAUUAUGCACUUCAUUUCUCUGCUGUGUGGAGAAAGCAGUAAGCAUUGAGAAUGUUAAACAUUACGCAAAAUAUACUUUAAACUAUUUGUUUUAAAAAUACUGUACCUAGUUGGUCUUUUAUGCAUUACUUUGUUAACCUUUUUCUAUGCAAAAGUCUUUACAUAUCACUAAUUAAACGAAGUCCUUUUUGACUGCG